GUGCUUUUCCACGACAGGGGAAGUGUGUUGUGUGUUUAGGGUUGGUGAAAGGUUUACAACUGGGUUGUGUUUUGGGGGGUUGUCUGUUAGUCAUAAUAUGGCUAAGUGGUUAGUAGUUGUUAUUUUUACUACAUUGUUAUGCGCACUCGUUUGGAGUGCUGACGAUAUAGUAGUAGGCUGUGGUGGAUUUGUUAAGUCCGACGUGGAGAUCAACUACUCACUCAUAGAGAUUAAGCUGUACACAAAACAAGGAACACUAAAAUAUCAAACAGAUUGUGCCCCUAUAAAUGGUUACUUCAUGAUACCACUGUAUGAUAAGGGUGAUUUUGUUUUAAAGAUUGAUCCUCCUGCAGGGUGGAGCUUUGAGCCUACAAGUGUAGACAUUCAUGUGGAUGGUGUGAAUGAUAUAUGUACUAAAGGAGAAGACAUCAACUUUGUGUUCACGGGAUUCUCUAUAAAUGGAAAGGUGCUUAGCAAAGGUCAGACUUCUGGUCCUGCUGGUGUUCAGGUGACUUUACGAAAGGCUGGAAGUACUGUGGAUAUUCAGAAAAGUGUGACCCAGUCUGGGGGCAAGUAUUCAUUUUCUAAAGUGCUUCCUGGUGAAUAUGAAAUAUUUGCAUCUCACCCAGCAUGGACCAUGGAACAGGCAGCCACAUCAGUGCGAUUGGUCAACGCCAAUUCUGUCGCUUCUGAUGCUUUGGUGGUAGCUGGCUAUGAUGUCUCAGGGUUGGUACGAAGUGAUGGUGAACCAAUGAAAGGAGUGAUGUUUCUGCUGUUCUCAUCUUCAGUCAAAACAGAGGAUGUUGCUGGCUGCAGUCCUUCCCCGGUUGAAGAAUUCCAGGUUGGGGAUGAUUCUUUGUCCUACCUUUGCAGUGUUGUGUCAAAAGAAGAUGGCACUUUCUCCUUCCUUUCUGUUCCUAGUGGAGACUACACUGUGAUCCCAUUCUACAGAGGAGAACGAAUUACCUUUGAUGUAGCUCCAUCUAGGCUGGAUUUCUCUGUUCAGCAUGACAGUGUGAAAAUUGAGCCUGUUUUUCGCGUAAUGGGUUUCUCUGUUACUGGGCGAGUUUUGAAUGGAGUGGACGGAGAGGGAGUUCCUGACGCCACUGUUAACUUGAACAACCAGAUUAAAGUAACAACAAAAGUUGAUGGUUCAUUUCGUCUUGAGAACAUGACUGCAGGGACUUACACUAUCCUUGCUACAGCACAACAUAUAUAUUUUAGUCCACUCACGGUAAAGAUUGCACCAAACACUCCACAGUUGCCUGAUAUCGUAGCAUCUGGGUUUAGCAUCUGUGGCCAGAUAAGCGUGGUGCGCUUCCCCAAUGGGAUCAAGCAGAUGAGUAAGCAGAGAGUGACUUUGAGCACAGAAGGCAAAGAUAAGAUCACAAGCCAUACUACUGAGGCAGACUCUCGAGGUGCUUUUUGUUUCAAGGCAAAGCCAGGGACAUACAGUAUCCAGGUGGUUGUUCCAGAGAGUGAAGCAAAAGCUGGGCUUGUUCUGAAACCCAGUAGAUUUCAAGUUACUGUUACAAACAGUCCAGUUAUGGAUGUGACCUUCACACAGUUUUUGGCACAGGUGUCUGGCAAAGUCAGCUGUUUGGAUUCCUGUGUAGAUCUAACAGUGACCUUACAACCUGUUGGUCGUCAAGGUGAAAAACAUAGCCUACAGCUGUUCGGCAAGGUGGACUCCAUACCAUUCACAUUUGAAAAUAUUUUACCAGGAAAGUACAAAGCAAGCAUUAUCCAUGAUGAAUGGUGCUGGAAAAACAAGUCCUUAGAGCUUGAAGUUCUGGAUGAAGAUUUAGCUGGAAUUGAAUUUAGGCAGACUGGAUACAUGUUGCGAUGUUCUCUUUCACAUGCAAUCACGCUGGAGUUUUACCAGGAUGGGAAUGGUCCUGAAAAUGUUGGUGUUUAUAACUUGUCAAAGGGAGUAAAUCGGUUCUGCCUGUCAAAGCCAGGUGUUUAUAAAGUGACCCCUCGCUCCUGUCACCAGUUUGAACAGAAGUAUUAUACAUAUGACACAUCUGCACCAAGCAUCCUUACACUGACUGCUGUUCGUCAUCAUGUCCUUGGUACGGUAACAACUGAUAAACUAGCCGAUGUAGCAAUAACCAUAAAGUCUUCUGUUGACAGCAAGCCAGCAUUGGUUUUGGGACCCCUUAAAUCCAUACAGGAACUGCGCCGAGAGCAGCAGUUAGCAGAAAUUGAAACUCGUAAACAAGAACGUGAGCAAGAAGAAAAAACAGAACCUCCAGUACAAGAAAUGGUCGAUGAACUUCAAGGGCCUUUCAUUUAUGACUUCUUUUACUGGGCAAGGGCUGGAGAGAAGAUCACAGUCACUCCAUCAUCAAAAGAACUUCUUUUCUACCCACCUUCACUGGAAGCCACCAUCAGCGGAGAAAGCUGCCCUGGAAAGCUUAUAGAGAUUCAAGGUAAAGUGGGUUUGUUCCUAGAAGGUCACGUACACCCAGAGCUAGAGGGGGUUGAGAUUGCUAUUCAUGAAAAAGGUGCCGAUUCUCCUCUAAUAACCGUCGUUACAGAUGAACAAGGCUCUUACAGUGUUGGCCCACUACACAGUGAUUUGGAGUACACUGUCACUGCUGAAAAAGAAGGCUUUGUUCUGACCAAGAUGGAGGGGACAGUCGGUGACUUUAAGGCAUUGGCUUUGGCAGGUGUCACUUUCGAGAUACACUCAGAAGAUGACCAGCCCCUCUCUGGAGUCCUCUUGUCUCUCAGUGGGGGUCAAUUCCGCUCCAACCUUUUCACGCAAGAAAACGGCAUGCUUACUUUUACUAACCUGAGUCCUGGACAGUACUACUUUAAACCCAUGAUGAAGGAAUUUCGUUUUGAGCCUUCCUCCCAAAUGAUUGAAAUACAAGAAGGACAGAUGGUCAAAAUUGAUAUUAAGGGCUACAGAACAGCUUACAGCUGUUAUGGUACUGUUUCAUCAUUAAAUGGUGAACCAGAGCAGGGAGUUGCAGUAGAAGCAGUUGGGCAGACGGACUGCAGUAUAUAUGGAGAGGAUACUGUAACGGAUGAGGAAGGGAAGUUCAGGCUGCGAGGACUGAGGCCUGGUUGUAUUUAUCAUGUCCAGUUAAAAGCUGAAGGCAAUGACCAUAUUGAGAGAGCUCUGCCACAGUACCGUGCCAUAGAGGUUGGUGACACUGAUACUGAAGGGGUAAACAUUAUAGCAUUCCGACAAAUUAAUCAAUUUGAUUUAAGUGGAAAUGUUGUCACCUCACCCGAGUAUCUUUCAGCCUUGUGGGUGAAGCUCUUCAAAAGUGAAAACCUUGACAGUCCAAUCCAGACAGUGUCUUUGGGUCAGUCUUUGUUCUUCCAUUUUCCCCCUCUACCAAGAGAUGGCGAGAAUUACAUAGUGGUUCUGGAUUCUACAUUGUCAAAGUCACAGUAUGAAUACACAUUGCCUCAAGUGUCAUUCAGUGCAUCUGGAUACAGUAAACAUGUCACAUUAAAAUUUAAUCCAACAAAAAGGCUUCCUGAUCAAGAUGUUGCUCAGGGAUCGUACAUCGCAUUGCCACUAACUCUCCUCCUCCUGCUAGCUGGCUACAAUCACGAUAAGCUAAUUCCCCUGUUGAUGCAACUCUCAAGUCGCCUGCUAGACAUACGUUCAGUUGGUCAGAUAGGCACAGACACUGGCAGUGUAGAAGAUGCCAAAAGACAAGCAAAAAAGCAGAAAAGACGAACAUGAGGAAGGUGGAAUGUCUGCAAUGUCAUUUUUCCUUUGCUUCUUUUGAAGUGAAUGUCAGCCUGAUUCAGGUCAUUGUCCACUGUAAUGUGCAUAAUUGGAUAUCUGGAUAUUUUUGUUUUUUACUUGCUCCAGUUUGAUCACUAAAAGUAGGCUUGUUUUAUAUUUAUUUAAAAUUGUAAAUCAUUUCAAUAAUGUUUGCUUCCAAAAAUGAAACCACUGGAGUACUGAUAAGAUAUGAAGCAGUAUACCCCACCUUUUUAAAACGAAUUUAUUGUUUUUCAUUAUGCCCUUGUAAUGCAUUGUUGUUGGGACCGUAAUACUACUGAGCCACAAUUAAAUAUUUGGGGGACUUUAAGGAGACAUGGUUUGUUAUAAGAAACAAAAUUGCCUUCAUUUAAUAAAAAGGAAUUUUAUAUCACA